GUUCACCCAACUAACUCAUUCUGGUGCCCAUCAUGUUCAAUUCCCAUUUAUUACAAGGCCAACCUUUGUCUUGCUACUGGUUUCUAACCUAUGAGCCGACAGUUGAGUUCAGUCAGUCAUGUGGACGUGCAGAUGUUCAUUCACAAAAGAUCUAACCAAGAUUCUAGAAAAGUGAUGGAUGGUGGGUUUCCAGCCAUGUAUUGUUGAAGACUCCGGUAUUGUGCUUACUCAAAGAAUUAGCUUGGCUGGUUCCUUUUUUGGUUCUUAAUGCUUUUUGACUUUUGCCCAUUUAUGUAACAGUGAUGUGAUGAUCACUUUCGCUGGUCCAGUAUAAGGCUUGUCCUUUCAGUUGACACAUUAUUAAAAUUCUGGACCAUUACCAGCUUCUGUUGUUUUCUCUAGCUGGGCCUGUUGGUAGAUAGGAGGAUGAUGAAUGCUGCAUUUAUUGUGGAAUUUCGUUCCUGGCAAGAUGUGGAAAUCGCAGUCAUUUAUCCAUUGUAAAACAAAGUUUAGCUUGUCAGGAAGUUCAUAAGCUGCUCUGAGCUUCUCAGAACUGCAAUCAUUAGCAUGUUAUGCAUAACCUGAAGAGUUUUGAGGCUGUCCUGAUACGCAAUAAAAAACGGCACCAGUAAACACAUGGCAUAAAAGAACAAACAAGAUUGCAUUCAAGGUAAUUCAUCUCUUUGCAGGCAAUAAAUAUUUACUCCUUCUGAUAUUCUGUUGAGUUGUUGUUAUGUGUAUGAUUUUGACCUUCUCUCUCAGGAAUCAAAUACCUUUAACAACCUACUCUUACUAAGUAUGCUAGAGAGGAAGAACAGAACCUGGAGAGCGAUGCACCCAGUUUGACAGAGAAGUGUUUAAUUUCUUGAAUGGGAUUUUGUACUUGAGUAUGAGGAAUUUUUUUUGUUUAUGAUGAUUGGGAGAUCCAGCAUUGAACAUAAGUUUUUCUCUCUGCUGAGAGCAAAGGCACCGAAGCAGAAGAAAAUUGUGGUUGGGUUGAAAUCGGAUACUCACAGCAGAGAAAUGCUGCUGCGGGUUCUUCGUACUUUAGUGAAUACUGGAGAUAUUGUGUUAGCUGUUCAUGUUCAACAAGUUUCUAGUAGUUUCGAUCCAAAUACUUUCCACAUGCAUGCAGAUCUCUGCAAGUCUAAGCAGGUUGAUUUCCUAGUUAAGGCAUGUACUGAAGAAACCUACAUUUCAGGAUUAAGUAAUCAAGUACGACUCAACUCUGCCACAAUCCUCAUUCUUGGUUGCAGCCUUCCAUGGCCUAAUGAGUCGGUAGUCAAGGCUUUCUUAAGAAGGCUGCCACCCACCUGCAGCCUCCUGGUAAUUAACAACGCCGGGAAAAUAAUAUUCCAAAGCCAGGGAACCUCUCAACAAGGAUCCACUUCUCCAGUUCUUAGACCAUCUCCAUCUGAAAACAGUUACUUUCACCAGCCAAAAGCUGAAGCGCAUCGUCAGUUGCAAAAGUCUUUCACUGCACCAUCCUCCUCAAAGGAUAAACCUGUUUCCAAGACGAUGUUUGAGGUUGCAGAGAAGAAAUUUCUCGACAGGCUGGCAUGCUUACAAGCCACACGGUCCUUAAGACGUUUCAAAUGGCAAGAGCUCGACUUUGCUACUAAUGGGUUUAGCCCUCAGCGGUUGAUUGGAACAGGUGGUAAUAGUAAGGUGUAUCAGGCCACACUUGGGGGUAAUGGUCAGGCUGUAGCUGUCAAAGUCCUGAAGAGCUCGGAUUUAGAGGAUCUUCUCCGUGAGGUUGAGGUUUUAUCCGGGUUAAGGCAUGAGAACAUAGUGCAGAUAAUUGGUUUCUGUGACGGUAAGGAGAUCCAUGCAGUGGUCUAUAAUCUGUUGAAGGGGAGCUUGAAACAAAGUUUGAGACAACUGGAUUGGAAAGAGCGAAUGGGAGUUGCGAUUGGAGUGGCCAAGGCGCUUGAGUACCUUCAUUGUUCAUUUACCCCUCCCAUAGUUCAUAGAGAUGUGAAGUCAUCCAAUAUUCUACUUUCUGAGAACAUGCAGCCUCAACUCUCAGAUUUUGGAGCAGCAAUAAGACUGCUCAAGCUUGACCAGAUCUCAGCAAACACAAAGCCGUUUAGUAUUGUUGGGACAUUUGGCUACUUGGCUCCCGAGUAUGUGAUGUAUGGGAAGGUUGAUGAGAAAGUAGAUGUUUACUCUUAUGGAGUUGUGCUCCUGGAACUCAUCACAGGGAAAGAAGCCAUUCAAACAAACCAGGCAAACUGCGAAAGCUUGGUAUUAUGGGCAAGAUCUCUGUUGAGUUCUGGCUUGUGUGACCGGUUGAUUGAUCCUCACCUUAAUGGAAUUUACAACAAGGAAGAGAUGGAAAUAGUAAUGUUCCUUGCUCGGCUCUGCCUCAUUCAUUCUUCUCCUAGGAGACCAUCCAUGAAAAUGGUAUUGAGAUUGUUCGAAGAGCCAGAACACUGGAGAAAGAUGCUGAGGAACAAGGAUGAAUUCCUCCAUGAGAGCGGUUCCAAAGCCGAAAUGCAGUUGGAUCCACUGGAUGACCAGGCGGCUAACGGUAUGCCUGAUACUGAAGACUUGUAUAAUAAACUACUGUCACCUGAAUCAUCGGAUUUGUAAGUGUUACAACUGAAUCAUCUGAUAUAUAAAAUUGAAAAAGCCUGUAUACUGUAAGAAGCAUGGCUACGACAGUUGAUCGACUGCUUCUUCUUCCUACUUUAUUCAACUUCUUUCUAUCUGCUGAAAAUCACGGAUUUAGUGAAUUUGUCCUGAACCCUGGAGCAUGGUUCUCAUAUCACUCGACCUUUUGAAGUUGUUCAGCACAAUGAUUUCAAACAAUUUUAAGUUACAUGUCACUAUGACUAGCUAUUUUAACUUGGCAUGCCUCUAUUCAUUAGCCAUCAUGGCUAAUAGCUCCAAUUCUAAGAGCUAAGAGAACUGGCUCAUAGAGAUAUACAAUGAAUUAAGAAUGUAAGAAAUGGAAAGAGCUUAGGAAAAUAAAUGCAAUGGGAAAAC